CUCCAAAGUAUUCCUUUUUCGACUGAAUCAGCAUAAUGAAUAUGCGCCAUUGAUACUUGGAUCCAUUCGCCAGCAGAUCUCUCUCUCUCUACCCUCUAUUUAGAUCUGGAUACAGGUUCCAAAACACCUGCCAGUUUCGAUUCUCUAUCAACUUACUCGACGGUGAUAGCGGAAGAUCUAUCACCAUGAAUCGAAUUUGAAUUUUUAAAGGUGCUAAUUAUAUAACUUGACAGAAUAUGUCUUCUGCUCAGGAUCCAUUUUACAUUGUCAAGGAGGAGAUUCAAGAAUCUAUUGAUAAGCUGCUGUCUACAUUUCGCCAAUGGGAGCAUAUUCCUUUAGGCAAUCAAGAGCAACAAAACCUGACAAAGGAACUGCUUGUUGGAUGUGAGAGCAUUGUGUGGCAGGUAGAUGAAUUGGACAAGGCGAUAUCAGUGUCGGCAAGAGAUCCUGCUUGGUAUGGCAUUGAUGAAAAGGAACUUGAUAAAAGGAGGAGAUGGACAAGCACUGCUCGCAUUCAGGUGGGAAAUGUGAAGAAGACUUUACUGGCUGGUAAAGAAUUGGAUGGUACAAGAACCUCAAAUUUGAGUGGGAUGCGUCGUGAACUGAUGAGACUACCCAAUUCACAGCAGAAUGAGAGGAGCACCCACCAAUACACCUCGGCGAAUAACAAUAACGAUGAUCUCAUAUCAUCAGAGUCUGAUCGACAAUUGCUUCUCAUAAGGCAACAGGAUGAAGAGCUUGAUGCACUUAGUGCAAGUGUGGAGAGAAUUGGAGGUGUUGGUCUUACAAUACAUGAAGAACUUCUUGCGCAGGAGAAUAUUAUUGGUGACUUGGGAAUGGAAAUGGAAAGUACUUCCAAUCGCCUUGAUUUUGUUCAGAAAAAGGUGGGCAUGGUGAUGAAGAAGGCUGGAGCUAAGGGUCAGAUGAUGAUGAUACUUUUCUUGUUUUUUCUAUUCAUUAUCCUAUUUGUUUUAGUAUUCUUUACCUAGAUUUUAUUAGAUUCAACACUCCCGAAUAUUUUAGUGAUCCUUAAGACAUGUUUUUGUUCUAUGUUUCUUUUUAUGGUAAUAAUUCUGA